AUUGGCUGUCAGAUCUACGGGUCCUCGGAGAGAUCAAAACCAACGACACCCAAAAUUACAAGGGUGUUUAUGUGCUUUCCUUGUAAGUUUACAACUUUAAGUGUCGUACAGAGAUAAAUAUCUUGCUCUUGAUGUGUUUUUGCUCUUAAGAACAAAUUUAAAUCCUUUAUGGGCGUUUUUAGUAAUUAACCACUUCGCCUUUUCCUCCAUAGCUAGUCAGGCUGUUAGCUGUCUGGCAGCUUGAAGCCAUGGCUGCAGUUAUCCUGAGUUUUCCAACUCUGCAGGGUCUGAGGAUAUUCACACAGUGAGUACAUCCCAGCAGCACACGGCUACUUUAACCUCAUCUAGAAAUACGUCAACCACGUGAUAUCACCAAACACGGUUAAUGUUAGCUUCAUCUGGACGUCAGCUGGUUGCUAUCUGACAGUGAAAUGUUGUUAUCUGUCAUUGUAACAUGUCACUUUGUAAAUAACCAGCUGAUGUUUCUAACCACUAUAGACAAAUACAUUGUUUUUCCCUUUUAUCGGGAGAUUUUCCUCCAUGUUGUGAGCUAAAGGCUUGGAUUAGAUCUGAGCAAGGUUAAAUAAAGGUAGCAAACCGAGCUAACGUGGCUAAUGUUGAUGGAAAAACACUGACUCUCCUCAGGCUUCAUUUCUGAGACAGCAGUCUGGUUUUGGGAUUUCACACCUUUACAGUAUUUCACCUCUGUAUUGUCAGACUAAGAGGUUUGUCUCUGUCCUCCCCUCAGAAAACUGACAUGGACCAAAAGAGGAGUGAGGCUGGUUUCAGGAGGUGAGUUAAGAUUACUAAUAGUGGUUAUGGUUUUCCUAUCACCAAAACUGACGUUGUACAUAUUGAUCUCUCUUCAGAAAUAAAGAAGUGACCCAGUUUUUAUAAUGUCAGGGUCAACUUCUACAUUUCAGUGGAAAGCAUUUCUAUAAAUAUAUCAAUUGAAAGUAUAAAUUUUCAGUCUCAUGGACCAUAAAUAAUAGUAAUCAGUAUUAGGGCUGGGCGAUAUGGUAAAAAGUUUAUCACAAUGUUUUUUUUUUACAUCAGUCUAUAUAUUAAAAAAUGGAAUUUAACAGUGUUUAUUGGUUGCAUGUUUUUUGCAAUACAGUAAGUACUGCAUCUGUGAUGUUUUUGUAACCUUUUGCAUUGCACGUGCUCUGCCGCGUGGAACUGCUUCAGGUGGUGAAAAAGAUUUUAGGUAUUCCCAGACUUUGCGAGAAUAUGUACUUGACAUAAUUUGCAGUGCACAUUACUCUGCUCCAUGUCCGACCUAAAAAAAACCAAAAUAUCUCCACACCGCCGACGUUUUCGUGCUAGAGUUGUUAAUGAUGUCAUCAUCUGCUGACAGUGCCGUCAUCUUCACAUGUUAAAGUGCUAUGGUUGCGUGUAGCUGCAGCCCGCUACUACACGGUUGUUUGCUACUUGGUUGUAAUUCAGCACAUGAUUGGUUCAACGCGAAGCAGACCCAGAGCAACUCCCCUUUUCAUUGGCUAAUUGUAUAGUCUACCAAAACAUGGAAGAACACAGAAUACGAAAAGGAUAUUGACCAUGUUUUAUAUUGAUAUUGAGGGAAGUUAAUUUUCGAUAUAUUUUGUUAUCGUUUUAUCGCCCAGCCCUAAUCAGUAUCUACCCUGAAAGGCUAAAAUCAGUCAACCCCUAAUGAUGGACAACAGGCUUUCUCUUUUUCUGAACACCAUGUGGAAAAAAACCUGUUUGUAAAUGUUGAAGAGUGACAACAGUUUAUUUCUAGAUAUAAGGAAGUUCUUUAAUGAUCAUUUUGGUGAUAAGUGUGUUUCUGUCUUGUCAAGGUGUGGGGAGAAUAGAGAAGGUGUUGAUUGCCAACCGUGGAGAGAUCGCAUGUCGGGUGAUGCGCACGGCCAAGAAGAUGGGCGUCCGCUCUGUGGCCGUGUACAGCGAUGCAGACAGAGACUCAAUGCAUGUGGCCAUGGUGAGAUCCUAAAUAGCUCCGUGUUGAUUAAAGUUAAUGACAUGGCGCUGCUAAAGUGAUGUUUUCUUUUUUUGCCUUGUGGUUUUUUAGGCGGAUGAAGCAUUCCACAUCGGCCCUCCUCCCUCCCAACAGAGUUACCUCUCGAUGGAGAAAGUUUUGGAAGUGGCUAAAAAGUCUGGAUCACAUGUGAGUUGUCCUCUUCUUGUUAACACUUUUGCUAAGCUUUGAAUCAGCUGAAGACUUGGAGAUUUGUAAUGUGAUCAUUAAGAAAAGCUCUACUUGUGUAUGUGUGCAGGCGGUCCACCCUGGCUACGGCUUUCUGUCAGAAAACACAGAGUUUGCAGAGGCAUGUAAACAGGCAGGCAUCAUCUUUAUUGGACCUCCUUCCUCAGCCAUCCGAGACAUGGGCAUCAAAAGGUAACACGCAUAUUCAAACUAAAACUACACAUCAGCAUUUCCUCCUAAAUACAGACUAAUUUUAAGUGUUUGUGGAGGUAUUGUUGACAGCAUGACAUUUUAAUUUCUUCGUCUCCUUUUUUAGCACAUCCAAACACAUCAUGUCAGCUGCUGGGGUGCCAAUCAUUGGCGGUUACCAUGGAGAGGACCAGUCAAACGAGAGGCUGCAGGCAGAGGCUGCACAAAUAGGAUACCCAGUGAUGAUUAAAGCUGUGCGCGGAGGAGGAGGGAAGGUGAGAGGAGGUAGAAAAAACAAAAUAACUCUUAUAAAGCUACAAAAAGAAUCAUGGACCAACGUUUUGUGUGCAUGUGCUCCUGUGUUUAUGCGUGUGUAGGGGAUGCGUAUUGCACGGUCAGACUCAGACUUCUUGGAGCAGUUGGAGUCAGCGAGAAGAGAAGCAAGAAAAUCCUUUAAUGAUGAUGUCAUGCUGGUGGAGAAGUUCGUCGAGGACCCCAGGUAAAAUUAUUUUGUCAGCGAAUUCACAAGCCCCAGCACCCAGCACGUCUAUCUACAACAUGAAUUUGUACUUUUUCUUCCCUCUUUUUGUUGUUCUGUAGACACGUGGAGGUUCAGGUGUUUGGGGACAUGCACGGUAACGCUGUGUAUCUGUUUGAGAGAGACUGCAGCGUUCAAAGAAGACAUCAGAAGAUCAUAGAGGAAGCUCCAGGGGUGAGUUAUGACAGUUACACUGAUUUGUUAUUGUAUAAAAGACUAACUGGACUUUUCUUUGAAUUUAGUUCUUUAGAUCAUUUUCUCUUACAUGGAUAAAUCUAUAUAUUACGCAUCCAGCUGCUGCCCUAACUUCUGAUUAAACUUCAGGAUUUGUUAAACCAUUUCUCUGGAAACAUUUAUAUGUAAAAGUUUUAUUGUUUGCAUGGAGGAAUAAUUUCCAAAAGGAAAAGUAUAAGCUCAUGGGACAUUUAGGGUCUCCUAAGAAGUUUAAAGCUGAAAUAUUGUGAAAAUUUCCUUUUAAAUUUAAUUUUUUGGACGAUGCACUGAGAUCAAAUGUCCAAGAAUUCUAAAGUGUAAUUUGAGACUCACUGUUCUGUGAGCUAAAGAUAGAGAAGACAUCCAUGUGCUCAACUAGCAGAAAGGCCAGUUCAUGUGAGGUGAAAACAUGACUGAAUGUGCUAAAAAAACUGUGUGCAAAGAAAACAUGACCCUAUAUCUUGAAGGUUAUUUCUUAACAGAUUAAACUGUCGGUGCAGUUGUAACAGCAGAGGGAUAUAUUCAUAUUCAUAUUCAUUUUGGGGCUUAUAUCAAUACAUUUUCCCAAAGUUCAGACAUUAAAGUUUAGGAAUGUGUAUCUAUACACCAUAGGACUUGGCUUUUUUAUGUGGAGCGUUAAAAGUGUUUUCAUGUUUCUUUCAGCCUGGUAUUAGUGCAGAGGUUCGGAGGAAACUUGGAGAAGCAGCAGUCAAAGCGGCAAAAGCUGUUAACUAUGUGGGAGCAGGUGAGACAUCCAAAUAAACUCUCACUCCACCUCAGACCCAGAAAACUCAGAGCUUAUGAUUUCUGACUGUUUGUCUUCCUGUGCAGGUACGGUUGAGUUCAUAAUGGACGCCCAGCACAACUUUUACUUCAUGGAGAUGAACACUCGACUGCAGGUGGAACAUCCUGUCUCUGAGAUGAUCACAGGAACCGACCUGGUGGAGUGGCAGCUCAGGGUGAGGAGCUGAUUCAGAAAAUUACAUUUAGUCAUCAAAAAGUUUCAACUUUCAGUAGGGCUGAUGUUUGUGUUCAUCUCCUCCAGGUGGCAGCAGGGGAGCGCCUGCCUCUCCUUCAGGAUGACAUCAUACUAAGAGGUCACUCUUUCGAAGCUCGAAUCUACGCCGAGGACCCAAACAACGACUUCUUGCCGGGGGCGGGGCCUCUGCUGCAUCUCUCCACCCCUUCAGCUGACCAAAACACACGCAUAGAAACAGGAGUCAGAGAGGGUAGGAGAUCUGAGAGUCUGGAUGUGUGAUUGUAAAAGGAAAGAUAUUUGAAAUUCUGAACAGGACGUUUUGUACAGAAUUGACCCGUCUGUCUGUAAAAACUGCACCUAACAGCCUCAGUCUGUUUUCAAUAUUGAAGGAAAAGUUUGAGGAGAAUUAAAAAUUUCAUAAUGCAAAAAGAAAACAGUAUGCGUGGUUUCUAUUCUGUAUGUUUUUGUUGUGUGUUUUUUAGGUGAUGAGGUGUCGGCACAUUAUGACCCAAUGAUCGCCAAGCUGGUGGUGUGGGGAGAAGACCGAUCUGCUGCCUUAAAAAAGCUGCGGUAUUGCUUACGGCAGUACAAUGUAAGACACACUACUGGAAAGUACCACACCAUGCAACAUGUGAUAUAAGAUUUAAAUAAUCUAACAGAAAACCUCCUUUCUCUCCUCAGAUCGUGGGACUGAACACGAAUAUCGACUUCUUGCUGAGCCUGUCGGGUCACCCAGAGUUUGAAGCUGGGAACGUGACGACCAGCUUCAUCCCUCAGCACUACGCCGACCUCUUCCCCACUCCGACAGCCCCCUCUGGAAGUACGAUCUGCCAGGCGGCCCUGGGCCUGGUGCUGCAGGAGAGGAAACACACACAGGAGUUCACACAGACAUCCUCAGGUGAAGGGAAGCAUCAGCAUGGGUUAUUCUUUUAUACACGCUUACAUGAUAACAUCAUCACAAACAGAGCUGAAACAGAAAGAAAAAUGAGCUCCCAUCAAUGAAUUGAAAACAAAACAGACAUUAUUCAAAAAUUACAAUCAUUAUCACGUCCUCAAAAUUCAUGUUUGUUCUUGAAUUACUGUCUGCCUACAGAUAACAUAAACACAUACAGUCUAUACUUAUACAAACAUGCAAACAUUUUACAUUUAACCAAACAAGCCUCGAAAACGCUGUUGGAAUAAAAGUUUGAUCUUAAAUCAAAUACGCUGGCAAAGCCAACCACAGCUCUGUGCAGGACUGAUUUUUGUUUUAUUCCUGAUUUCAUCUUUUUUUCUAUUUUACAUCUUUUUUGAUAAUUAUGGCGCAGAAACUGAGAGAAUUGUCUUUCAUGUUCAGACUGUCAUGCAUGCCUGUAAGCUCUGUCAGAACAUUAUGAAACACAACAGAAAGAAACUUUUAUUUUGAAUUUGUUUUCGCUUAUUGAAGUCUUUUAUUGAAACAGUUAUUCACACCUGGAGGCAGAAAUUUACAAAACAUGAUUAAUUUUUAUGUAUUUUUAUGUUUCAGACCCCUUCUCCCCGUUUGGCUCCAGCAGCGGCUGGAGAAGCAACAUCCAGUUUCACAGAAACAUGACACUGCAGGUGGGAGACAAAAGUAAGUACAACAAGAGUCUUUACUGCCCCCUACUGUGAGAGAGAGGUUAGGAUUUUAGUUAAAGGAGGGAGGAAAAAUCAGAACCACAUUUUUGAUUAACAGGAUCAGAUCUGUCAGAAGUUUGAAGAGGUUAAAACUUGAAUUUGAUCUACUAAAUACACUAUAGACUUAAAAUGUGAGCCCUCUACUAGAGACUUUAGAUAACUGUGUCGAGGGCGUAGCAGCAAAAUGGAAAUGCAGACAUACAUAAACAGAUUAUUCUGGUCUCUGUGUUUAUCACUUAUCUUCAAACAGGAUCAUCAAAAACACAUCUUACUUUUCCACUUAUUUAUUUAUUUACAGUUAAUUUGACAGGGACAGAUACAAUACACAUAGACAGACUAAACACAGCCAUCCGGUGAAAGUGUAUUUAUAGCAGAUGCUGUGGCAGCAUCAGUCCCUGGAGAGCUUAAGUGAGAAUGAAAAAUCAAAACUUUUAAAAGAGAUAAGAGAAACAGUAAAGAGGAUGCAUUUAAACUUACAUUCAGUAAUGACAAAACUUCUGAAAAUCAGACGAGUUCAGGAUUAUUGCUGAAUGAUUCUUACAAAAGGAGGAGUUUGUAAUAUGUUGUUAGUGAUGAAGGGUGAGCUGCAGGAUUAUGGUCCUUUCACAGUAAAAAAACUGUCUAAGCCAAAGAUGUUUUUCUGAAUAAAACUUUACAAUCACCGCUUCUGUGACUGUGAAUAAUGAGAAAGUUAAGAGAGGCUUUAAAAUAUGUUAAAACAGCAGGAAAAUGUCCUAAUGAUCACAGGAUGACUCCAGUAGGUUGACGUCCGAACAGUGGAUCCAGCUCUAAUGAUGACUCUGAAGAAGUUUAGAGCUCCGCUGCUCUGUGACAGUUUUUUGAUGAACUCUUAUAAAUUAUUCAGUGUGUCUAUUAUUUAUAAAGAGUCAGCUGAAGGCCAAAAAGAAGUCCACUGACUGCAGCUGUGUCAGCGCUGACAUGAGGAUCUUAUAACCAAACAACUUUAUCUCGUUAUUUCUCUGUUUCUCUGCUUCUCGGCGUCUUUCCUCCUCUUUUGAAUGUUUCAAACCUCUCCUGUUGGUUUUGUGUCUUUAGAGGUGGAUGUGGUCAUCGUUUACAACCAAGAUGGAAGCUACUCGAUGCAGGUGAGCACGAUGGAGACCUUUUAUUGUAUGUAAUGAGUAGCUUGCUUUAAAAGUGCAGCAUAAAUAAAGUUAUUAUUAUCAAUAUUAUAAAGCAAAUUAAACUCAGAACAAGCUUCAAAUAAGAGGAGAAAGUAGGAGUAGACCUUCUCUUUCACCUUCAGUAUAAAUGUGUUAACCUCACAGAUUGGCGAGGAGGCGUAUCAUGUGACCGGUGAGGUGGAGGUGGAAGGAGGAGCAUCAUUUCUGCACUGCUCAGUCAACGGUGUGAAGUCUCGCCCCAAACUGGUGAUCCUGGACAACACAGUACAUCUCUUCUCCACGGUUUGUUCCCACCAUCACUUAUGACAUUUAUUUUGUAAUUUAUUCCUUAAGCAACAUCUAUCCUUUUAUAAUCAUUAUUAAGAGAUCAAUACUCCAUCCGUGUGAUGCUGGAGUCUCUGUCUGUUAUCUUGCUUUCACAGGUAUAUGUUUAUUUGAAAUGACUGGAAAGCGAGCAGUACGGUCAUGUUUCAAAAUGAGUCAACAAAAACACAUAACUUUGGACACAAAAUAAAAACGUGACAUAAGAAAAGCUGAAACUGAAAUAUAUUAUCGUUUGGUGAAACAUGAAUGCUCAUUUUGAAUCUGAUCCCAGUGACAAGUUUCAAAACCGUUGGGACAGGGACGAGAAAACACCAACCUGUGCUGUCCACGUAGAUUCUCAUUCAUCCAGGUCAUGGUUUUUCUUGAAAUCUCCAAAAUCCGGCAACUGGACUGUGUAGAGCUGAGAAGACGUUUCGCCGUUUAUCCAAGAAGCUUCCAAGAUUUUGGAGAUUUCAAGAAAAACCAACCAGUAAUGUGGCGGCUAUGACCUUCAUCUUGCACUGUGGCAAAACAAACAUGACUCUGUAGUUGAAAUCUCUGCAUGGGAUCAAAAUCACGUCCAAGACUCCAAGGCCCAAAACUGUUGAGCAGCUGAAAUCCUUUUUAAGGCAAAAAUGGGACGAUAAGUCAUUUUGAAAACUCCAGAAACUGGUCUCUUGGGUCCCCAAAUGUUCUGGUUUAAAGCGUAUUUCUGGCAUCAGUUUUUAAAAUGAGCGUUUCUGUUUUAUUACCUCCUUUGUUUUAUGACUCCAUCAAACUCUCAGAUAUCUUUUUUUAACUCUGUCUGAGAGGGCCUCAGAAAUCUGAGAUCAGUAUUUUGUCUAAUAGUUAGUCUGUUCUGUUUUCAGUCAAUAUAAUAACGAGAACUCCAGCUCCCCAAACACCGCAGAGACCAUCCUCGAUUCCCGUCUUUUGUGUCUCUCAGACUGGUGGUCGGGGACAAACGCUCUCCGUCUCUGACAUCACGGGAAAUUAAACCCUGUUCAGAUCCUCUUACCUCGGCUGCCAGUUAACUGUGGCUUCACUUUCUGACAUGCUUGUAUCUUUUUGCAGGAGGGAAGCUCUGAAGUGUCUGUUCCUGUGCCCAAAUAUCUGGCUGGUGUGAGCGGCUCUGGGGCUCAGGGGGGAGCUGUGGCCCCCAUGACUGGAACUAUUGAGAAGGUGGGUUCAGUUGUGAUGGUAAUUGGACUUUAAUUGGCUGUAAAAUAAGGUUAAACUCUUUGUUGCAGAUGACCUUGAAAGAAAAACACUGUAAAAAAGUGCCAGACAGAGUGAUACUGAGCAUGUAAUACAAGCUGUCUUAAUAUAUAUGAAAAUAAUGGAUGAUAUGCAAUAAGAAGAAAAUAUUGGGUUUUUUGUAUCCUCCAGUAAAUAGUCAUCUUUAGUAGGACCCCUGAGAGCACACUGUAAAAGCACUGUCGGCUUUAAUCAUCGGUGAUUUACAUCAAUCAAAGUUAUAAAAUCUGGGGAAUCCACUGACAUCAUUUUGGUUUGUUUGUAUGAAAUAUGCAGCGACAGCCUGCAGGCACUCGGCGCAGCUUAACAUAGUCUUCCAGCAGAUGUCUCAGUCUGAAUGUGACAAACUGUUAGCUGGCAUAAAAACAGCGUCUCAGUUAUUUAACUUCUAAAAAUGUUUUAUAAAGUUUAUUUGAGUUUAAGGGAAAGCAAAGUUACCUGCUUACAUGUACUUCCAGUCUUUAUUCUGCAUUAAUUCCAACACUUUGUUUCUCCAUCUUCAUAUUUAGUCGAACUUUGCGGGAAAGUUGAAAGUGUUUUCCACAAACCCCCCAACCCCUCAUGCCAGUUUUAUUAAAAAUUACAACAUAAAAAUUGCCGGUGACGGUCUUUCUUGCUUUAGUUUUUCGGUCAGUCGCAUCACAAAACUCCUCACAGAAGCUUUCAUGUUGUAGGGGCAAAACAUAGACAAUAGACUUGAGAGAACUUGUUGAAAACCAGGAUGCAGGCCACCGCCAGAGAGGUCAUGUCGACCUGAACUUGUCACACAUGGCAAAAUUCGGCAAAACCGGCCAUUGAGCAAAACAAGUUUACAGAAAAAGUCACAUUGUUGGAGAUCAGACACAAAUGUGAAGACCAGUUACGGGAAGAUAAGAACAACUACUGACGUUAUUGGACUGUAUAGAUUGUUUGGGAUUGUUUGGCUGUGGGUCCGUCUGAUUGUCAUGCUGUGGUUGAUGCUGCAACUACAAUAAAAUCCUGCGAGAGGCUGCCAGCUUGAUUCUGUUUUUGAGUAGUUACUUUUUGCACCUUUGCAUCUAUGAAAUCUACCAUAAAAGUGGCGAGCCAGCCAGGAGUGGUUGAUGCUGCAACUACAACAAAAUCCCGUGAGAGGUUACCAGCUUGAUUCUGUCUUCGAGUAGUUCAUUUUUGCACCUUUGCAUCUAUGAAAUCUACCAUAAUGUUUGAUUUUUGGCACAUUCUCCUGUAAACAAUGGUGAAAUUCUCCAGCUCAGGACUCCAGGACUUGCAUAUGCACACGUCUGCAUACUUGUCCUGCUUUGUUUAACAGCCCACAGAGUUGACUCAUGUGGCUGGGACUCCAUCCGUACUUGACUCUGAUUCUUCUUUAGUGACUCAGACACUUGGGACUUGACUGAGACUUGAGGUUUGAUGUCUCAGAUAUGACACUGCAUGAAAACCAGUAUCCAGGCUGAAGCACAAUUAGAAGCAGAGCUACUAUUAAAGAUGAGCAAAAUGAAAUAUGUGUAUGAAUAAUUACAGCAAAGUGAACUUAUGUGGAUUAUUGCAUUAAAUUGAGAGUCUGAAUUUUGAUUUUAAGAUUAUUUGCUGAAUGAAUUUGAAUAACUGAUCUCUGUUUGUCUUCAGGUGUUGGUAAAAGCUGGAGAUAAAGUGGAGGUAGGAGACCCGCUGAUGGUCAUGAUCGCCAUGAAGAUGGAGGUAAAAUACUCAGUCACACACAUACAUCAAACUAAGCUACCCUCAGAAGAAUAAAGCCAACUUUCACUCUGUCUCCUCAGCACACGAUCCGGGCGCCCAAAUCCGGCGUGAUCAAGAAGGUUUUCUUCAGCGAGGGCUCCCAGGCCAACCGCCACGCUGCUCUGGUUGAGCUGGAAGAGGAGGCGGAGGAGUCGGAGGGGGAGGGGGGCAGCCAGUAAACAGACACACAAAUAAACACACACAUAUAACACUAGGAGAAAACUGCAACUGGUACCUGACAUCUGUGACAUAGAGCAAAAAUAGAAGCUGGUGUCCAGCACUCAGCUGGUGUUUCUAAAUCCGCCGAGUCUGGACCUAAAACACAUCAGUCUGGAGGCUGGUCCGGGUCAGUCUGGCUUCACAGACACUUUCACCCUGGGACCUGUGAUGCAUUUAGAAAGGUCAGACACAGGUCUAAUGACCUGAAGCUUCACCGGGUUUGUCAGCAAUGUGAAGUCUCAGAGGCAGAGACGUACUGUUGCCUUUUCAUCAAAUUACUGCCUUUCUGUUGAUUGUCAAACUUUCUGCUUUUCUUUAGUUAGUUUCUAUCUUUGCAAAUAUCAGCGAGGACUCUGGAAGUAUUAGGGUUUUCAGAUUUAUAUUUCCUUUUUCAAGCCUUUCCCUUUUCUAUGUUGGUUUCUGCUGGUGGUGUCUGUCUUUGUCUGAUAAGGGUGACAGCUGAGCAUCCUCUGUGAACACACUACGUCCUUCUUUAUCAUCAUAAAGCCACAAAGUUAAAAAAAGAAUAAGCACAUCUGAGGCUAAAGUAAUAAUAAAUAUGUGGUGUGUUUACGAGAAGUAAAAAAAAACUGAAUAAUGUGUCAGGGGGCAGUGGAAGUACAAUAAAUAUCACAGUUACUGAUGACUGAAGGGGGAAACUUCACUUUUACUGUCCAGUGAUAAUUAUGUAGCAUAAAUUGCGGCAUUAAUGCAUUUCCUGUCAGUCUCUUACAUGAUUUAGUACAUCACUGUCUGCUCUAGCACUUGUAAAUAUCAUAGGACCUGUCAGUAUUUAAAAUACAUUUUCUCUGAGCUUAAAGAAAAACACUUUUCUCUUAAAAGAUCCAGUUUAAAGCUACAUUUCUGUCACUGGAUGGUGAUUUGAAUAGAAAAGAUGGUGGUUGUAUAUUUAAAUUUCUUCUUGGAUUAUUCUUUAAUUUAGUUUUGGGGUUUAUUCAGAUCCAUCUGUCCUUCAAACGGACUCCAAACUCUUCAAAUUACACCCGCAGAGAGAUUUGCCUUAUUUAAAAAAAGCAGAAGUGUGCUGCUGAGGAUAUAUUAUGAAUUAUAACGUUGCACUGAAACAGAGGCAAACUAACACUCCAGAUUUAUGAAAUGAUUCCCAGUUUAUAAGACUAGAUCAGACUCAAAAGAUCAAACAUCAGUGGAAAAUCCGACAAGAGUGCAAGUGAUCUCAGUCUGCCUGUUCAGACUUUUCCUACUAACCGUGUGUUCUGAGGCCUUGUAGACUAAAACUGAUCAAACCUGUGUUCAUUUUGUAGAUGUGUUACGGAUGAUUUUUCUCUUUUUUGUAAGAAAUUUAAAUUAGACUGGUCUGAAACUGUAAUAAACUGUUUUAAAAGUAUGC